CUGAGCACGCACUCCGCCAUGCUAGGCUACAUCUCCUCCACGCGCAAGAAGUCCUGCCGCCAAUGCGUCAAGGCCAAACGCCGCUGCGAUUUGGGAUAUCCAUGCUGCAAACGCUGUUCCACCAAGGCGCUGGAUUGCGCAUACCCGAAUGCUGAAGCACACCACAGAGCCGAAGUCGUCAUCAAGGCCACGCCGAACCAGCCCCAGCCAGCCACGAGAACAGCGAGCACAAACAGCGCCCUGGAUGCGACAUGUCUGGAUUUCGGCGCACCCAUGGAGCCCGCCAUGUCGGGCCUGGAGACGACCAAGGAGUGGGACGGUUGGUGUGCGAGUAUGGGGCUGGGGAUAAUGGGUGGGAGCGAGACGGAUCUGGACGAGCGAAUUGACCCCUCAAUCCUGCUCUCCUCAUGCGAGUCAGACGGGAGCAGCCCGCCAGACAAUACCUGGCCAGCUCUGGACACCACAGGAGGGAGUUCUGGCCAGCAAAUGUCAAGUGUCGCUGCAUUCGAUGAUGCGCUUCAGCUGUAUUCUACCUCGAGUGACAGCACGGCUAGUGGUAGUCGCAGUCCUUCCCCGACAGCCAUCCACACAGCACUCCUGCCUGAGAUCUGGGCCCCUUCGUACCUCAACCCCUUCCAAGUCCGCUACAUCGUUGCAGCCUUUCGCUCCUUCGUCCCCGCCCUAGCCAAAAAUGGCCAUAAUUCCUUCAUCCACUCGCAAUUCAAAAUCGCCGCUCUGAUAGCCUCGAGCCAUACCUGGACCCUGGAAGAACAUUUGGCAGCGGUGCAGGCCAUGAUUGUGUACCAAACCAUCAUGCUGUUCGACCCAAGCCUCAAGCAACAAGCCUCGGCCGCCCCGCACAACGACCUCCUCGCUCUAUGGGCCGCCCACCUAUGGAAGAGAUCCUUCACAACGCCCAUCCCCCUCCCCGAAUGCCACUCCUCGUGGGUAUUCUACGAGUCGCUGCGCCGCACCGUCCUCAUGUCCGUCGUGCUCCGCGGCGGCUGGCACUGCAUCACGCACGCCGGGAUAUGCAACCAGGUCCCUGUCCUCGCGCGCCUGCCUCUGUCCACCGACGAGCAGCUGUGGACCGAGAACGAAAACAACUUCAUGUCCCGCACGCCCUGCGACCGCAAGAAGAAAAACCUCAUGACGUACGGCGAGUGGGCGCAGACGUGGACUCCUGGCCGCGACGACCCGGCUCUGCUGAGCGAUUUCCAGAGGAUGCUGCUGGUCGCUUGUAGAGGGAAGGAGGACCCUAGAUUGUUCUUCAAAGACGCUACUAGUUUUGGGUGA